UUAUAAACAAUAAAUUACAAAUAGCAUAUUUUUACAAUUGCUUUGUGUGAACAGCUUUUUAACGCGUUAUUGUGUUCUUCCAACUUAAAUAAUAAUUACAAGUUUCAUAUUUGGCUUUGGCCUACUUUUAUUUUUCGUUUAUUAACUGUUAAGGGGUUUCUCUGUGAAUAAUGACCGAGGAGGCCAAGGAAGGUGAAGAGUUUACUUUGGAAGCAGAUUCUGAACUGCGCUUUGAAAUAGAGGAUAAAGAUGCCAAAGUUUUCGUAACGCUUAUAUCCGGUUUCGCUGAAAUGUUUGGGACAGAAUUGGUGAAAAAGAAGAAAUACGAAUUUUUGACGGGCGCUAAAGUAGCGAUUUUCACUUACCAUGGAUGCGUGCUGAAUGUAAAUGGCAAAACUGACGUGAGCUAUAUAUCAAAGGAAACUCCAAUGGUGCAGUAUUUGAAUUGCCAUGCAGCGUUGGAGCAAAUGCGUGUCGUUGCCGAAGAAAAGGACGAACGUGGUCCAAUAGUAAUGGUUGUAGGACCCUUAGAUGUGGGAAAAAGCACUUUAUGUCGCAUAUUCCUUAACUAUGUUGUGCGUCUUGGACGUAGACCACUUUACGCAGACAUCGACGUUGGACAAGGUUCAAUCUCUAUUCCAGGCACUAUCGCUACUUUACUUAUUGAACGGCCUGCCAGUAUAGAAGAAGGCUUUUCUCAGACAGCGCCUCUAGUAUAUCACUUUGGACACAAAGGCCCAGGAAGUAAUAAUGUUCUAUAUAAAGCGGCAGUCUCAAAGAUGGCAGAAGUAACGUUAGAAUCUAUGAAUGUUAAUAAAAGGACGAAGUACUCCGGUAUGAUUAUAAACACAUGUGGAUGGGUAAAGGGCGAUGGUUAUGCGCACUUACUGCACACUGCACAAGCAUUCGAAGUGAACGUGAUAUUUGUGCUAGAUCAAGAACGAUUGUAUAAUGAGCUUUUGCGUGACAUGCCAUCAUUUGUCCGCGUCGUUUUGCUGCCGAAAAGUGGCGGUGUGGUGGAAAGAAGUAGAGACUUGCGUAGUGAACAACGUGACCUACGUAUAAAGGAAUACUUUUAUGGCCGUCGUACUCCUUUUUAUCCAUUUUCAUUUGAGGUCAAAUUCCAAGAUUUAAAGUUGUACAAAAUAGGUGCGCCGCCAUUGCCUGAUUCAUGCAUGCCCAUUGGAAUGAAAGCGGAGGACAAUAAAACCAAAGUUGUGGCUGUAACACCUAGUCCUUCGUUGCUGCAUCAUAUAUUAUCAAUUAGCUUUGCUGAAUCUACUGAUGAGGAUGUAAUUGGAACGAAUGUUGCUGGUUUCGUUUGUGUCACCGAUGUGGAUAUGGAUAGACAAACUAUUACUGUGCUUUCACCACAGCCAAGACCGUUGCCAAAUACUGUUAUGCUGUUGUCCGAGCUGCAAUUUAUGGAUAUUGUUUGAAUAUUAAAAAAACUUAGCGUUCUUUUUGCCAAAAUAAAAAACGUAUAUUUUUGUACGAAAUAUAUUAUAA